ACUAGAGAAGCGCCGCGAGCAAAAGCAAAGCGUGCCUGGCGUGCCGUGUUGCGCAUGCGUGUCGUGCGGCCCGUCGUAAACUACCCAUCUCGGAACCUGCGGGAGUUGAUUUUGGAGCGAGGUGCUCGCGGGCGACCUGCUUCCGGGUACCCUCCUCCUACCCGUCCCGUGCUUUGCCUUAUUGUUCUUCCCUUAUGGCGGCAGGCAGCGAAGAUGGCUGGAAAAGAAAACAAUUUGGCAAUCGUUUCCUCACCGAUCCGGCUCGCCUUUUCCAACAUAACGCCUGGGAUAACGUAGAAUGGUCUGAAGAACAGGAAGCUGCUGCCCAAGCAAAGGUCCAAGAGAACAGCUCAGAGUUUGUAUCGCAAGAUCAGCAAGAUGUUUAUGAGAUGAAUGCCCACAAAUACUGGAAUGACUUCUAUAAAACCCAUGAAAAUGGUUUUUUCAAGGACCGACACUGGCUGUUCACUGAAUUCCCGGAGUUGGCGCCAAAUCAGCAUAACAGCCACGUUGCCAUAUGUGCCUCUCAGGACACUGUAGAAGAUGGCAAAAAAAUAGGCUCUGGGUGUUGCAAUGACAAUGGAGUCACCUCAGUGGAGCCUGAGGUCUCCAAAAAUCUAGAUGGGGAGAAAAACAGCAACAGUCCUUUCUACCACUUGAACACAAAAGAUGAAAUAGGAACACAGAAGCUAGAGGAAGAAAAACUAAGAGAGAUUGACUUCCCAGGCUCAUCUGCUACUUACCGUAUACUAGAGGUGGGAUGUGGUGCAGGAAAUACAGUCUUUCCUAUCCUCCAGACCAACAAUGAUCCAGGCUUGUUUGUGUACUGCUGUGACUUCUCUACUACAGCAGUGGACCUUGUCAAGGCCCAUCCCGAAUAUGAUACUUCUCGCUGCUUUGCCUUCGUUCAUGACUUGAGCAACAAUGGAACCCCCUUUCCAAUGCCUGAUGAGUGUCUUGACGUGGUGGUUCUCAUAUUUGUUCUUUCAGCAGUUCUUCCAGAAACAAUGCAGUGCAUAAUCAACAGGCUUAGCCGGCUUCUAAAACCUGGUGGAAUGAUUUUGUUACGAGAUUAUGGCCGUUAUGAUCUGGCUCAGCUUCGCUUUAAGAAAGGUCAGUGUCUAGCUGAUAACUUCUAUGUGAGAGGAGAUGGCACCCGAGUUUAUUUUUUCACACAAGAUGAGUUGGAUUUGCUCUUCUCUACUGCUGGUUUGGAGAAAGUUCAGAAUUUGGUGGACCGCCGUCUUCAGGUUAAUAGAGGAAAACAAGUUAGCAUGUAUCGUGUUUGGAUCCAGUGUAAAUACCGCAAGCCGCACAAGCCAAAGGCAGACCACACAAGAACUCUCUAGCACAGAGGAUAACCUCUCACCAUUGUGGUUGAACAUAAUGAGGACCUCCAUGUUGGGGAGCUGGCCCAUAAUGGAAGAAGGGAAAUAAUCAGACUCAGUGUAGCAGUACAAUUCCAUUGUGCUUGUGUCAGAGGCAGAAUAUUUACUGCCAAAAACCUCAACAUUUUGUUUUGUUUUACAAUUUGUGGGUUGGGUGGGAAAAUGCUAAAUAUUUGUAAUGACUUUGAACACAACUUGCAGCGCCAUUCUUGGGGUCUCUUGAUUCCGGGAGUGCCCAGGAAAACUGAUCCUGGUGGCUGCACUGGUUCUUGCAUUCUCUAAUCUUUAGCUGCAGCCUCAACAUGGCUAUAACGAAAAUUUUUAUCUAGCAACUGCAAAAUCAGGACUGUUCUUUUGGUCAUCAGUUCAGUUCCUCAUGUCUACAUUACCCAAAUUGCAGUGCAGGGAGGCAAGGAAGUGCCAGCCGGGCUACUUAUGCGAUUGGCAUGGCAGGAAUGAUUACGGCCCUGCAUGCCAUGCCAUGAACAGUAAGUGGACUGGCCGGUUCUGAAGGCUGGGGUCUAAAGGGCCCAGCCACCUAUGAUGGUGAUAUUCAUAUUUGUCUCCUCUGGAAGACGAAUACAAAUAUCCCAUCUGUACUGACUGAGGUUUCGGAGGACAAACAGAUGGGUAUGUAACAGAACCACUGCAAAAGAUCAAUUGCAAAGUGUCUAUCCCAACUUUAUAUCCUUGGAAAAAGAAGAAGCAUAUUUCUCUGAAAAGACACAGUUCACCAAAGCCAGUCAGUCAGCUUGUAGACUUGUCAUUCUCCUUAGCUGAGAUGAGAUGUACAAUACAGAAUAGUGGAUGCUAGGAGAUCUUUAUGCCAGUGGCGGAGUAAGAAUAAAUCUCUCCUUACAUGUC